CGUUUGUCAGGAUUGCAGGGUAGAGAGACCAGACCCAAAGAUUCAACAUCUGUCAGCCGCUCUAGCAGCAUGUGAAGCUGUCCAGCGUGCACUGAAGCUUCGCUAAGAACGUGCUUGGCAUACAGGGACUUGCCCGAUUGUAGGUCUUGCGCGUAGCUUGAUCAGCUGAAGACGGCUCUGGAUGGUUCUUAGACUAUGGACUUUUCAAGUCUACCGACGUCGGCUUUCCGUCACAUAGGCUUUUGUGCCUGUAGAUCACUAUAAACAUGAACCUCUUCGGGUCGAGCUCUGAUGCAGUGUGGCUUCAAGGCUUGUCUCUCGCUGGAUAUCUGAACUGUACCUCUUUUCGUUCAAGAAUUUAACUGCCUCACUCGAACAACACAUCAUUCCCAUCAACAUGCAGCUGACUAAGUUGCUCUUUGCCAUCACGACCCUCCUCGGCACCGCCUUUGCUGUGCCCGCAGGCAAACCUACGGGUGGUCCUGCUACAGCACAAGUCACAAUCUAUUCAGGACCGUACACCUGUGCCUCUGCUGAUCAGCCUCCCCCAAAGGAUGGCAGCGCCGGGACCUCCAAGAUCGUUAACAUUGCGGAAACGCAGUGCAUCGUCGUCAGCAUUCCCUUUGGAGGCGCUUUGACCGCGUCUAUGACUGCCACACCCAAAACCGGCACGAUAGGCUGCUAUAUCCAGAUCUUCUCACAGCAAGGCUGCGGACUCACGCUGCAAAACCAAUAUCAUGGCUUUCCGUUCGACGGCGUCACGGCUGGUAGCACAGUUGGCUGUGCCUCGCCUCCAGUACAGUCAUAUGGUGGACUGCAGAUUGUAUGUGGCUAGGCGAGCAAGUGCUGUCGCAUAUAAUAUCAAAAGUGCCAAUUCUUGCUAGUCCUUGGGCUCCGUACUUCUCUUUGGUGUUGAGAUGUUGGCAAGUGUGGUCUGGGAUACAGCUUUGGUUAAUAGCAAACAACUUGUUCCGUUUCUCUCACAAUCUUCUAGAGGUAAUCUAUUACAACGACGUGGCCCUCA